AUGGCUCGCACGAAGCAGACGGCCCGCAAGUCGACCGGCGGCAAGGCCCCGCGCAAGCAGCUGGCCACCAAGGCGGCCCGCAAGAGCGCGCCGGCCACCGGCGGCGUCAAGAAGCCGCACCGCUACCGGCCCGGCACGGUGGCCCUGCGCGAGAUCCGGCGCUACCAGAAGUCCACCGAGCUGCUGAUCCGCAAGCUGCCGUUCCAGCGGCUGGUGCGCGAGAUCGCGCAGGACUUCAAGACCGACCUGCGCUUCCAGAGCUCGGCCGUGAUGGCCCUGCAGGAGGCGUGCGAGGCCUACCUGGUGGGGCUCUUCGAGGACACCAACCUGUGCGCCAUCCACGCCAAGCGCGUCACCAUCAUGCCCAAGGACAUCCAGCUGGCGCGCCGCAUCCGCGGGGAGAGGGCCUGAGCCACACGGUCUGCCCACGCCUUCACAAAGGCUCUUUUCAGAGCCACCCACAUGCACGCUGAAAAGGCCUGUUUCCCUGCUUGCGCUCUGGCUUAUACUUCCCCCUACUUGACCUGUUCGGCUCUGGUGUGCGUCUCAGAACGGCACACAACUUCGUUUAAGCAUACAGGAAGACUACCUGCAAAUUGCAUCGUUUCCUUUCUACUUUGUGAAGCUGAUGGGAAGAAAUUUCUAAGUUACAUGGUACUUUAGAAAUUGUGUAGUAAGAUCACAACUGCUAACUGUUAAACCAUCGACCAUGAUCCUGCUAUUUGCCUUCCUGUAAGUGACUUCAUCGUAAGUAGAACCUGUGAUCUCCACAGCUGGAAUUUAGGAUGGUGCCAAUAUUUUACCAGUUAGAAAUGUCCUAAUACCUUCCAGGAAAAGAAAGUAUUCUGUGUCGUCAGUAAUCUGCCUUCCCCUGGAAGGAAAUGUAGAUGUGAACCCUCCCUCACAAAUCACUCCCCAACACACACUUGAGGCCAUGGUGAUCCACUCUAAGGCCAAAUUCUAACCAGAAUGGUAUUCUUGAGUGUUAAGCAGUGCCUUCCUUUCAUAUGGGCUGGGAAACAGCACCCACAGAAGUCCCUGUCCCCACUGAUCAAUACUCUUGCUGCCCGGGCAGAGCCCCCUCUCCUGGAGAUAAAGCAUGAAAUUGAGUUCUCCAAAUUAGUCUUUUGGUUCUGAUUAUAUGAAGGUUUAUUCAGGAGCAGCAAGUGGUUCUA